AUGUCGUCAUCAAUUAUUUCAUUACUUGCUUUAGCUGGUAAACAAAUAACUAUUUACUUGGGUACAUUUACUCUUGUUGCUGGUGUUAUUGGUGGAUUACUCAACAUUGUUGUUUUUCUCAGUCUAAGAACUUUCCGAAAAAGUUCUGCUACAUUUUAUUUGACUAUUAUGUCCAUUUUCAAUAUAGGCCAAAUGCUUACGGGUUUACUCUCUCGUAUUAUGACUAGUGGUUUUGGUAUUGAUUGGUCAUUAACAUCUUUAUUUUAUUGUAAAUUUCGAUUUUACUGUUAUAAUAUAUGCGCAGCAACGUCAAUGACUUGUAUUUGUCUGGCAAUCAUUGAUCAAUAUUUAGCCACUUCUUCCCGUGCACAAUGGCGACAAUGGUGUAAUAUGAAAAUAGCUCGUCGUUUGGUAUUCCUAUUUGUUCUCAUUUGGAUUAUUCAUAAUAUUCCUUAUUUGAUCUAUUAUGAUCAGGUUAUAUCGACAACAACAGGCAAAGUUACAUGCAUAAACACAAAUACUAUUUUUGUACAAUAUAAUAUCUAUGGUACUACUCUAAUUCUUGGAAAACUUCUUCCUAUCAGUAUUACAUUUGUGUUUGGACUUUUGGCUUAUCAUAAUGUACAACAACUAGGUUAUCGGACGGUACCUCUUGUGCGUCGUGAAUUAGAUAAACAACUAACAGUGAUGAUUUUAGUUCUCAUUGUUUUUGCUUUCUUUACUAAUAUGCCAUAUACUAUUGUACUCAUUCUAUCAGCAGUGCCAGGACUCAAUCAAGAUCCUGUUGUAUCAGCACAAAUACAAUUUGCCAAUCUUGUAACCACAUAUCUUGCUUAUAUGUAUUUUGCAAGUCCGUUUUACAUAUAUGUUUGUGUAUCUAAUCGAUUUCGUCGACAAUUGAUACAUGUAUCAUUUGAGAUAUAUGUCAAUCGAUGUCGAGGAAGAAGAAUGACAAUCAAUCAAGUUAUGCCAGAAACUUGA